UUAACAAUACAUGUAUAGUUCCAUAUGAUUGUAAGAUGUCGCUACUAUAUAGUUAUUCCAAUAUUAUUUUAAAAUAAAUAUUGCUACACAACUAUGCGAAUAUGGGCACGUGAAAUACUAGUUGGGGAUAACUGGAAAUUUUUCUUAAUCUUCAGAAACAUAAUUAAGCUGGGAUAUUAUUUUAACAAACCAUUACCAUUUGGCAUCGCUUCCAACAUUAUCGAUUCAGCAUCGAGCAUAAUCAUUGACUACGAUUGGAGAAUGUAUUUGAAACACAAGAAUUAAUAUUCUGCAGUUUUGAAAUUACAAUCUGUAUUUAUGAUUUUCAGAUUAUACAAUUUAUACAGAUUAUACAGAUUAUACAAUAAACUGCAUACCGAAACUUUAUAAAUGAGAUCAGAGUCGUCAUUACGCUUAUGUAUUCACAAUUGAAUCUAAAGAACCAUACAGUAGCGAGCAAAAUUUUUAAGCCACGCGCAUAGACAAAUGACUUAAUUGCUAUAAGAAUAUAUUCGUAGUAAUUAUUAUAAUAAAAAUAUAUUAUUAGAAAUUCUAUUCUUUUUUAUUAGGCGUUAAUUUAAAUUAUAUAUGUAUGUAUAGUAUUGUAGCAUGUGACAGAACAGAUAAGGUCUAUCAGCUACGUAAGAUGACUAUCUAUUUAUAUUCUUUUACGAUUCCGAUUAAGUUUUUGAAAUUAGUUGUAUAGUUUAUAUAUCUAUAAUAGUAAAAUAACGAAAACGUAAAGAUAUUUGAGAAAAAAUGAUUUAUGAUUUAUGUAGGUGUGACUUCAAUAUAUAAUGAUUUAUAGAUCUGUGAUUUAACAAUUUUAGAUCUAUUUUUUAUUGCUCAUAGAGUGAACUCGAAGAUUCUGUACGCGUAGUUAGGAAACAUUGUAAUGGUAACAUAAUGUAUAGGAAGCAACGGAUACACGUUCAUCGGAGCGGAAGUCAAGCACACACAAUCAGGAUCGGAAGUAAUUCCGGUGGCCGAACACUGUGAUGGUAUUGUUAGUCGAUCUGCUGAAUAAUAAUUGGCAUUCGGUGCAUUUACAUGGUCACGAUCGCAGAGUGUCAAUAUCUUUCCGGAUGGAAUGGAAACGUCACUCGGUGGCUUUGCUCCGUGAUAUAGUGUUCGUUCAGUGUUUGCCGUGAAUCUAUGCCUGUGACUUCAUCGUCCUUUCGAAGGUACGUACUGAAAGUAAAAUGAAGCGAAUCUUUUUGUCUUCGCGUGUGAUGAAAUAUUCCUUACAUUAUUGCGAAAUCCUUAGAAUAUAUUUACGUUUAAAUUGAUGUUACUUAAGACGAGUCAUCCGAGACGAUUAGAAGGGAGCCGAGCAAGAUUCAACGGGCAGAAAAGGGUUGCUAUCACGAUGAAUAAACGUAAAAUUAUGUAACAAGCUGACAGAAAUACGCAUGUGCAUAUAAUCUGUCGAGAAAGUAGAGUGUGCAUCUUUGUGGAAUAUCCUACAUAAAUUAUUUGGGUAAAUUAUUUAGGCGCAGGAGAUAAUGGAGGAAAUGAAUGCGAUAAGUCUGUGUUUGUCAAUUUUUUUGAAACCCUUUUCUCGAAAUAUUGAUCUUUUGUAAUAAUUUAUUGCAUCGUUUCUUGAUUAACUCUCUGCUUUUCAUUGUGAUGCUGAUUGAUUCAGAAAACGAAUUAUAACGAUACAUUUUACUUCGAAAAAAAUAUUUCAAGUUCUCCUUCUUUCCUCCUUCGAGUUGAAAAAUAUUGAUUGUUCUAUAGUUUUGUAGAUCGAUGUAUCAAAUUUAUGAUAAAUGUCUGUUUAUUACAAGUUGUCUUCUUUUCGGAAGAGGAUGGGCUGCACACCUAGUGGAUCAUCGUGCAAGAAGGGCAGCAUUCGAUUAAUGACUACGAAGCUUACUUUCACCAAGGGUCAGCUGUGCAACCUGAACACGUAUUUUCGCAAACUGGUCGACGAGGCUCAGAAUGAUUCCUCUAACGCUUUUGCGAUCGAAGCUAUCGUGGAAAGAUUGGUCCAACGAUUGAUGCGAAGCGCUGGUAAUCUCGAUCGAAGAUUCUCAUCUAUGUUUCUCGUUUCAUUAAACGAACCUCGACGAAUAAAGCAAGGUAGGUUUGAAUAUCUGCUGCGGAUAGAUGCAUUGUCGAUUUCGAGUGUAAGUCCCGAGCAGGGACGCUCGACGGUGUGUGUCGAGGAGGAUGCCUCUCUACCAGGCUUUAUUCGGCUGAAGAUGCUUGGCGUUGGGGCGGAAGUCUGGCGGGAGUACGUGGAUGUCGCAGGAAGGUUGAGGAGAGAUCUUGUAAAAGCCAAAUUAGCAAAUUUAUUGGCCACAGCUAUUAAACGAGACGUUGGAGAUCAAACGAAUGACAGAAUUUGUGUUUCACCUGGUCAAGUGGUCGAUGCUGAAAUCCUCGACAAGAUAUUGAAGCAACCGGACCACUGUCGAAUAUUUUACGGAUCAGCUGUCUCGGACGGACCAUUACCAGAGCCAAGGAAUCAUCGAGUGGCCUUGAUCGAAGAUUCCGGAGGGAUACUGCUUAGAAUCGGAUUGGAUAAAUUUAAAGCUCGCGAAGUUGAAGUCAGGCUACUAAUCGGUAUCGGAGUGUCGUCGUGGCCCACUUUAGCGGACUAUCCUCAACGGAUACCUCUCUAUCAUUGCGAUGCUCUUCUUCAUUACACUGCAGCGCAAAGUGGGAUGUACGCGGUAGUCGUUGGUCCGUAUUCCGGUGCACGUUGCGAGAACCGAGCAACUCUCUGGAGAGUACGUGUUCCGGCAGCCGAGAAAAUUAUGAGUCAACACUAUGCCGCCGACAGUGUACCAGCCCUCACUGAAUCCGUGCUUUUGGAAAUUUUAUAUGAGCUGCGCGAAGGCCGUACUUUGCAUUUACCGAUGAAACCAAAGGCAGGACGGAAAAACGGCCCCUCGCCUCCAGAUCGCUUACGAGUAGUUUCCAGACACAUUCUGAGAACUGUGCACCGAUGGGCUCUAGAAAGAACAGGACCGGAUCCGUUGACGAGCUGGGCGCCCGAUACCCUUUCGUGUCAUGUUCUAUUAGCGUUGGACGAGUUAGUCGCUGCUCUGAAAUGCCAGAGCCUGAGGUGUUACUUUCAUCCGCGCUGCAACGUGAUGCUACAAUGUGCGAGAGGAGGAAUGGCGUAUCACGAGGACUCUUACGUCUCUGAUCAUCGAUUGUUAGAAUCUUACUUGGAAACUCUUCAUUAUCGUUCCUUCUCUAUGACACGUGAUGUACCAAGACCUCUAGACGUUAUGGAGAAUGAGCUCAUUGUGAGAUGGCGAGAUAUCAUUGCCGCGUUGCCCAGAGAAACGUCCAACGAGGAUUACGGAUAUAGCCAGAAACAGUUGGAAUAUUUUAGCAUGAUCCUAGAGCAAGUUCUACGAGCAAAGAACGCUUUGUUACAGAACUACCCGGACAACUAUAGUUACUCGAAUUUCUCGGAAUUAUCCUACUGUAUGACGGAACAAGUGGAGAAUCUCGUGUUCCUAUUGAAAUUAAUUCUAACACAGGCCAAGAACCAGAGUUAUCCGAUGGCGAGUCGCAAGCUGCGAAUGAACGAUCAUCAUAAGGAAUCAAAGAAAAGAAGACAUUGCAAUACGAGCAGUCAGUUCGAUUAUUCGGUCGGACUGCUAAUCGAUGUUAUCGCAAGAGAUAGAGAAACAGCCAAUAUGGAUUUGGAAUCUUUUCCAAUAAUGACCAAAAUACUUUUACAAUGGUUAUACUUCGGUAUGGACUAUGAUCGAAAGUUUCUCGAGCCUAUUCUACGUCCAUAUCUGAACAAUCUCUUCAACAGCCUUCACGAACAUGGUUGGUGUGCAACGUCUUGGAAAAAGGGACAGGAGGUCUAUGCUUCCGAGAUGCAAUCGUUAUCGAUAUUCUGUAAAUCUGUGAUAAGCGAGGAAAUAUCACCUGCUAACGGGAUCGUGGACUAUCUAUCAAAGGGUUGGCGCUGGGCAGAAAAUAUGACGAAGAUGAUCGAGCGUUCGGGGAAUUCUCUGCGUCUGAUUUUUCUUCCCAGAGACAGGGCGAUUAAAUACAACUUAACUUUCACAGAGAACAAGAGCCUCAGCUCGUUCUCCACGUGGAGCAAAGCUAGGAGUGUCAGUACGAUCGUGAGGAAGAAAAGUAUACAUUACAGAAUCAGCGAGCUAUUUGAUUUUCUAUCAAAGUUGCAAGGAUCGAUUGCCUCGACUGAAAAGAAAGGGGUUGCAGGACACACGGAAUUGAGGGAUGCCAGCCCUUUGACAUACGUCGCGUCGAUGAGCAGAUCGCGAGCUCGACAUCGUGGUCCUGGCGAUUUGAUUUCCGCCAUGGUCUCCCUCGGCAAGUUCAGGGUUCUGCAAGAAGUCGCCGCUCUUUUGCCACGGGAGGAGCAAGUGGCCGUGUUGGAAAUGGUGCAACGUGUGGCCAGAGAAUCCUCUCGUCGUUCGAAGAAGACCACCUGCUUGUAUACAUCCAGUUCACCGAUUCAAGUCUACAGACCGAGACCGGAAUCGGAUUUCCUGGAUUCCGCCGCGCGUCUGUCGCCAGGAUAUCGCGAGCGGCGAAUCAUCGCGGAGCAUCAGAAACAGCUGGAGAGAGAGAUACAGGAGAUGCAUGACACUGUGAGACGUAACGCGUUGAGAAGACGACGUCCGUGUAACGUCUGGGACUCGAACUCGUUGUCCUCCUGGAAUUCUUCGAUCGAUUCUAUCGCAGGCACGAUCAGCCUUAGAAAAUAUCGCGCUCCAAUAUGGGACGCUAUCAAAGGAAGUUCACCGGGUCGGUCUAGCUUGCGCGUGGAUGGUAAUAUCGAGAAAAAUAAAUUCGACGAGAUGAUAAGCCGAGAGGAAUCGCCGACGUGGAGCACGCAAGAUGCUCGAAGGAAGUUGGACCGUUCCGAGUCGAAGAAUGGAGACGAAUUGCCAUCUUGGGAUACGCUCGAGGCAACUCUGAAUAGGAGGCUGUGUAAUUACGGCAACGCCCUGUUAGGAUCCUUGGAAACGGACGAAAGUAUUGGAAGAAACUGCGUGGCGAAGUCGCGAGAAUGAUUCCUUCGAAGUAGUAGGUGCUUCCAGGGAAAUGAAUUUUUUAUCUCGAGGCGAGUCGGUGGAAAUUGUCUAGGUGGAAUCGCUUUUACAUUUCAGCACGUCGCGAAUACGCCUGAUGCUCCUCCUGUUCCGGAUACAUCGCUUUUAAGAUAUAUGUUCAUCGAUUUUGACACUUGGCCGACAUUUUCAAGCUCUUGAAGCGCCGCUGAACAGCUCGCGACACGACUUUCGUGCUUUUGCAACCGUCAAAUAAAUGUUUCCCUUGGAAGAUAUUUAGUAGAGCUUUGGUAGUAUCGAGCUUUGCCGUUUGUUCAGCUCUUCGAUGAAACGCGAUGGGAACUUAAUUUUCGCAGACAACGGGUAACUUCGUGUUUCGAGAAUGCGUCUCGUUGACUCGUAAGUAUAUAAUGAUUACAGAGAUAGAUAGAUAGAUAGAUGGAGAGAUAGAUGGAGAGAUAGAUGGAGAGAUAGAUAGAUAGAUAGAUAGAUAGAUAGAUAGAGAGAGAGAGAGAGAGGGAAAGCUGUGAAACUCCGCGCAACUAGAACAUCGCCUUAAAUUUUAAUCUAUGCCCGAGAACGAUUACGUUCGUUUAGCUCUUGCCACUUUUCGUUCUGACCCUUCGUUAAUUAAAGAGAACCGCAGGCUGAUUGGAAUUCCGUUAGCGAUCCGGGUUAACGUCGACUGAUUUUGGCAAAUUCGACGAAAGAAAAAUUUCCUUGCAACACACCGUCCUUCCUUUCUAUACUUUCAUCAAUCUUCACCACCUACGGUUACGCUCCAUGACCGUACAUUUUUAUUAAGGAUCGCUAGUAUAGAGCUCCGGCAAGGUUUCCUCUCGGAGAAGCUUUCCUGAGUACUCGGUCUCUUGGUUUCCAUCUAAUGUCCAAACUUCCAUGCUCCCUAAAUUGUGAAAAGAUGUAACGCUGGGAUUAUUUAAUCGCGCGCCGCUUUAUGCGACACACCGAAUGGAAAAUAAACUUUCAUACGAAGAUCGUGAUGCGUCGAUGACCUUGUUCCGCUUAGAAAAUUCACUUAUUCACCUUUUUUCUUUGUUUGUUCAUAUAUUUGGCGUGUUUGCUUACAACCUCGUUUUAUUUAUUUUCAUUUCCUGCUUUUUCGUUUAUGUUUCCGGUUUGUUUAUUUACAUCCUCCUUCUUGUAAUUACGUACACUAUCGACAAUACACAGGAUACGUGCUAAUUUAAAUUCUCAUAUAUCAUUGUAUACAUAUUCGAUUUAUACGGGUUUCGUAGUGAGUUUAAUCGCAUACGCGCUAUCUAGGAUGCUCAGAAGGUCUCUAAUUAUUCUUACGAGACGAAGUAGGAAAAAGUUCGUUUGGUAUUGGUCAGUCAGCGAUUUAACGUGAGGAUCGCGGAUAAUUGGAAAUAGGCGAAGGCUCUCUACCAGAGAGCGAUUCGAUUAACUGGAUGCAAAAAAGCGCAAUUUUGCUAACAGCCUCGCAAUUGCCAAUUAAAGUCGCUGGAAUGAGCAACAUUGUUGUAGCAUCAUCGACGAGUCAUUGAGCUUUACCCACGUGGGCUCUAAUCGCGUGAAUUUCACUGGCCCGAAAAGCCUCCAGUUCGUUGUAUUAUUCUUUUCUCUUUUUUCACGACCAGCUAUUGUGUACGAAUCCAAAGUAUCAAAUUUCGAACAUUCGGCAUACGAGUCACGUCGGUUUUCUCGUUACGUGAACGUUUAACGUCAAUCGAGAUACUCUUCGUUACUUUCCUUUUCGAACGGUUAUUCGUGGUGAUUUAUAUAUAUAAAUCUACAGUUUCGAAGUAGCCUCCAAACAACUUUGAACCAUAGUUUGAUACUAUACUCCGUGGUGUCCUCGCAAUUAACUUCAAAUUGUUUCGAUCUACAGACCACUUGCUAAUGGGCGAAUCGAUCGAUCAAGAUUGCGCGGCAAUGAGAUAGCGAGAAGAAAAGAUGUAUCGUAAAGUCGACAAAGUUACAGAGAAGGAUGCAUCGGUUAAAGAUAACAAAAAAAUAUUGUUGAUAAAAUUGUGAAGACUUGGAUUCGUAUAGGAGAUGUUUCGCGAUCAAACGGCAGGAAGAAGACCGAGAGAGAAGACGCAGGAGGACAAAGGAGCGGGACAGAGGAAAAAUGGAAGCGGGAGCAUCGUCGUCGUCCUCGUCGUGGUAGUCCUGGAGAGAACUAAGUGGGGACGGACGAGGGGUAGUGUUCGUUCGGCCGGGCUGCUUCCGUGUAUUCCGGGGGUGGUUUUGGUGCGCGCGCGCACCGGGGUUGCGCCGUGGUUUCAUCUCAGUUUCGCAGCCUCCCUUCCGCGGUCCGCAUCAACUCUGUCGUCGCUGGCACAGAGGUGUGUCGUUUUUAUCUGCGUUUACCUCGUCUUGGAUACACUCGCCUCUUCGAUAUCCGUAGCCGAAUACGUUGUAGGACGUUCCAUCGAGAAUUUAGAAUCCCUGGCGAGUGGAUCCAGUCGAAUUGAAAAGGAGAACGGUGUCGAGAGUCGCGGUAGAUAACGAGACGAGUGAAAAUUUUCUUUGCGUUUGUAAUAUUCGCGUUUACCGCAUCUGCGAAGUAUGUUAACGUGCGAUAGGUGAUCCAGCGACGACUGGCAGAAUAAUGGUGCGCGAUGCGGAGGUCCCGACGCGUGUAACUUGCCACUGGUUAGGACGGCGGAGCAUCCUUUGAACCCCUUGGACCGUCAUUACGAGUAAUGUACUUAAUCGUCGGAAAAUCGGUCGCCGUAGAAACUGGCGGUGCAGUUGCAGUUGAAAGCCGAAAUCGAGACAUAUACGAAGCUGGUAUUGUAUUGGAAAUAAAGAUUCACCGAUCGGUGUCAGACAAGGAAAUAGUUAAUCGAGGCGAGUGCCGUUCUCCGUCCACUAACGAGCGUCGGCUGAAACUCGAGAUGCAAAAGGAACUCCGGCAAAAGUUAAUUAUAAAGCGUGUUCCUGCCUCGGAGCAGUAUCGAAGAUCAAAGUCCAAAAUGUUUCGCCAUCUUCCUAGCGGAAGCCGGUUCUCUCGGGAGGAAAGCAGCGCGAGAAUGAGCGACACUCGGUUGGCUGCUAACAAAUACCAACAAAAUCGUCUUCUACACCGGUGAAAUUGAACCGUGGAACGAUCGUCUGCUGACUUCACGAAGAGAGAAACAUAGAGGGAAACAUAGACAAGGAGCAAAUAAGUUUCUCAUUCCCGUUGCCAGGAUUUCUUCCUUUGGUCGGCUUUAAUCCACUCGCGAAAGCCAGUCAGGGGUGAGAAAUCACCGACAGGUCGGCUAAAAAUUGCGAAGGUUUCCUUCGUUCUCGUACAAUAACUAUUUACGAUCGUUGUCCUGAUAGAUCUGAACGAACAGGGACAUUCCAUACGUUAUCGGUGUACCGUAGAAAUUGGUAGAUCGUAUCGUAGAAGCUCGUUAAUUCAAGUUGUUUGUACGUGUACCGAGGUGUGAACGAUCGUUGGUUAAUUGGUUGGUAGAACGUCGGUGAAUCCAAUUAGCUGGUAGUCUUGAAGGAGUUCAGGCUGAAUGACACUGGUCGAGCUAUAAUUGUGUUCGGAUCGCGUAUUUCGGUUUCGCCUAUCAACCGGUGGAAGAGAUGCAAAGCACGGAAGUCCGGAUUCGCGUGGCAAGAAACUCGAUUUCAGGUCCGUCGACUCGGUCUGAGUUCGUUUGCAUCCCUGAACUCGAAGAGGUUGUCGUGCGGCGAACCGAUCUAAUCAGCGUAGCUUAAAUCUAAAUUGAAUAGUAAUUGCAAAUUGGAUGCUGGAUCGCGUCCAUCGGACGACAGACCGUCUCGACCGAUCGAUCGAACCGAUGACCUCGUGUUAGCGCCGUUCGGUAAGCCUUGGAAUAAUAACUGCGUUGCGGUUAUACUCGACUCGUAAAUUUUCGAGAGAAGCGAUAUGCGAGCAUAGGGUUGGACAUUCACGGUAG